AUGACCCAGGAGACGAAUCACCAACAGAAUAGUCAGCCAAAUCGUACUCAGCCUCCUCCUCAGUUAGUCUCUCUUCUCCAUGGCAAGCUUAACACUUUAAUAGGCAAAUCAUCUGGUUAUAUCGAAAAUCUACCCGAAGAUGUAAAACGUCGCAUCCAUGGUUUAAAUUGCUACCAAUCUGAACACGCAAAAUUGGAAGCAAAAUUUCAGGAAGAGAUCCUCGCAUUAGAAAAGAAAUAUUUAAAACUCUAUCAACCUUAUUAUGAAAAGCGUUCGAAGGUUGUUCGUGGUGAGUGCGAACCAACCGAAGAAGAGAUUGCAACUGGCGCGUCGCUUUUUGAACUCGAAAAGUCUGAAAGAGAAAAGCAAGAAGGAGAUCCAGCUAUUGAAAAAAAUAAAGAUGUACAAGGGGAUCCAACUACUGAAAACAAUAAAGAAGUAAAAGGAACUAUUGAAGACGCCUGCAAGGGUAUCCCUGAAUUUUGGCUUACGGCCAUGAAAAAUCUAGUGACAAUUUCAGAAAACAUUACUGAACGCGACGAAGAGGCAUUAAAACAUCUAAUUGAUAUUCGCAUCUCAUAUCUUGAAAAUCCUGGCUUUCAGCUUGAGUUUGAAUUUGAGGAAAACAAAUUUUUCUCUAACACUCUUUUGGUAAAAACAUAUUACUAUCAAGAUGAACCUGGGUAUGGUGGUGAUUAUGUGUAUGAUCAUGCUGAAGGCACAAAAAUUGACUGGAAAGAAGGCAUGGAUCUGACUAUCACAUUUUUCAAUCCGCCUCCGCCAGAUUGCGAAGAAGACGACGACGACUUGGAUUCACGUCUUGAAUUGGAUUAUCAAAUUGGUGAAGAUAUAAAAGAAAAGCUUAUUCCUCGCGCCAUUGAUUGGUAUACUGGCCGGCGGAAGGAAUGGGGAGGUGGGUAA